AAACAUGAAGAUGACAGUGUGUGAUAACACUACUAAAUACGUGGACCUCGAGGAAGGUUCCUUCGAGAAGAGACUCGAGAUCCUAGUGACAAAGGGCCCCAAGUCCCCCUGCUUCAGGUAUCUAAAAAUAAUAAUCUACCUGGAGCUCAUUUUAUUCAUCGGAUUCUUGGGGUUCAUGACUGCGCAGAAGUACUUCGAGCAGCCGUACUGGUCCCCACCACCUGUUGACCACCCGGUUGAUCCUCCAGCCUCAUCAGACACUACCGACAACCCCUUGACCCCUGAGCUAUCAACGUCAUCUCCAAGCGUCCUUGACCCUGAGUCAAUUGCGCAAAACUCGGAAAUACGUUUCCCAGAGCGUCCUUUCUCAUUCCCACACGAUCAAUUGAUAGAGGAGCUUAAAAGAGAGUUGGAAAAUUCCAGAAAUGGAGAUCUCCAGGAAACUGAUCAGAAUUCAGAUGCUUUAUUCCAGCCUUUCUUGGAAAUUGCGAAGGCAUUGGAGAAUAACGAGGAAUCCAGAGUAGAAGAGAACGAAGAAAAUGAAGAUAAUCGUGAGGUUCAUGAUCCACAAGGGGAUGAUCAAGUCUCCAAACAGAUGUCUGUCGAAAGCCAUGAGGAUGAUAGAGGAUUUGCCCCAGGAGCCAAUCUACACGUGUUCCUCAAUCCUUUCUUCCACGUCGCAAAGGAAUCGGAGGUUUAUGAUGAAAGGAACAGCCGAGAAAACUUCUCAGAGGAGUCCAGAGUAGAAGACAAUGAAAGAGAUGAAGAUAAUCAUGAGGUUUAUGAUCAACAAGGGGAUGAUCAAGUCUCCAAACAGUUGUCUGAGGAAAGCGACGAGAAUGACGGAGGAUUUUCCCCUGGAGACAAUCCACACGUGUUACUCCUCAAUCCUUUCUUCCACAUUAUGAAGGAAUUGGAGAUUGAUGAGGAAAGAAACAGCAGGGAAAACUUCUCAGGGGAGUCCAGACUAGAAGACAACGAAAGAGAUGAAGUUAAUCGUGAGGUUCAUGAUCAACAAGGGGACGAUCAAGUCUCCAAACAGUUGUCUGACGAACGUCAUGAGGAUGACAGAGGAUUUGCCCCUGGAGACAAUCCACACGUGUUACUCUUCAAUCCUUUCUUCCACAUUGCGAAGGAAUUGGAGAUUUAUGAUGAAAAAAAGAGCAGGGAAAAUGAAGACAAUCAUGAGGUUCAUCAUCCACAAGAGGAUCAACGUGAUGAAGAGGAUCAACUCUCCAAACAGUCGUCUGAAAGCGACGACAGCAGUUACAACUACCGAGACGUUUAUGAUAAUUCGGAGGACGAUCUUAAUGAAGAUGAAGUAGAAGAUCUGCCAACAGUGACGCCUGAAUCCAGAUUAUUCGAGAUGCUCUACCGGCUUGCAUUUGCUGAUGCCUCUGAAAGCAAUGAGCCGAUACUGGAGCCAUCAGAACAGUCCCAGAAUCCUCGAUUAGUCUUCCCUGAAGGCCCUGGAGACCUCGAGGGCUCCCACGAGACGUUCAUUCAUCCGAGUUCUUUCAUUCAUCAAGUGGAAUCAACGCAGAGGACUGAUGACCCCGAGAUAACAGCUGACCCCGGGUCUAUUGAAACGUCAGCAGAUUCCGAUGGAAAUGUUGAGAAAUCUGAGACGAGUGCAACUGAAUCUGUCGGAGAUGCCCAAGUGUCUGAGGAUCCUGAACCUGCGAACAAGAGUUCUGGGCAGACUGAGGCGGAUUGUGACCCCGAGAGCGAGAUAUUCAUCGAGGAUUCCACGAUGUUUCCAGCCUGGGCGAAUACGUGUGUUAAGAAAUAUGCUUUGAGCUAUGCCCUGAGCAGAAGGGACAGACCCGGCUGGAGAAGACCAGGCUUUUUCCCUUCGUUCCAUCCGCGUUUUUUCAGUGAUUUUGAAUGAUAAAGUUAUGAUUUUCUCUCAGACGAUUGGGAGGAAACAGUGAUAAGAGAAGAAUAAAACACAUGUUGAUGGAAUAAUAGAAUAAAAGAAUUUUUUCGAGGGCUGGAAAUGAGGUUUCUUGGUCUAGGCCAUGUCAAUUCCUUGGGGCAACACAUUCUAUUUCUAUUCCAAAUCUAUUUUAAUUUCUUUCUAAUUAAUCAACACAGUUGGAUGAAAAAAAUUAAUUCAUUGGUGAUGCAAUAUAAUGCAUCUAUAUAAUGCAAUAUAAUAAUGCAAUAUAAUGCAAUUGAUCGAGUCUCUCCAACUCAGGAUUAAUAAUUAAAUUAAGAUCAUCGUCAAAAUCAUCUAUCUUGUCUUCGUUUUAAUAAAAUAAUUAUCUAAUAAAUAUCAAAUAAUUAGAUAAUUACAUAAUUCAAUCAUUGAAUGAGGAUGAUACAAGUUUUCACGUAAAGUAUCAAUUCCUUGAAACAACCAAAUUUAUUUCAAUUAGUUUCUUGAAUAAUCAACGCAAUUAGGUUAAAAAAAUUGUUUAUUGUGGUUUAUUGUGGUUAUUAUUCUCUUCUUAAUAAUUAUAACACAAUUGUAUGAGUCUCUCCAGCUCAGGAUGAACAAGAUCAAAACCAUCUUGAUUAAAUCAAGAUCAUCAUCAAAACCAUCCAUCUUGUCUUCGUUUUAAUAAAAUAAUUAUCUAAAUAUCAAAUAAUUAGAUAAUUACAUAAAUAAAUAAUUGAAUGAG